UACGUGUGCGUAAGCGGCGCAGAGUCGGUGUGGAGGAGCCGGUAGAAUCGCCGCGCUGAUUCGGUCUGAAUCAGCAGAACUCCGGGAAUAAACCGGAUUAUUUGUGUAUUAGAUUCCCGGAUCCGAUUCGGAGCGGUUACUGUCUGAUUACUGAGGAUGGAGUACCCGGAUCAGAGCGGGUUCAGACAGCGUAAGUUACAACCGCGGGUCAGGAUGAGGGGUACAGGGACGGACUCUGGAGAACCGGGUCAGCUGUUUGAUGAUACCAGCGCCGGGCAGAACUCUGGGCCCGGGGGUAAAGGACCCGCGGUGUACCCGGGUCAAAACCUCCUAUCUGACCCCAUGUCCAACCUCGCCAUGGCGUACGGGAGCAGCCUUGCCAGCCACGGCAAAGAGAUGAUGGAUAAAAACCUGGAUCGGUUCAUCCCCAUCUCUAAGCUGAAGUAUUAUUUUGCGGUGGAUACGGUUUACGUCGGCAAGAAACUGGGACUGCUUGUGUUUCCGUACAUGCACGAGAACUGGGAGGUGCGUUAUCAGCAGGAUACUCCAGUAGCUCCACGCUUCGAUGUGAACGCUCCAGAUCUCUACAUUCCUGCUAUGGCUUUUAUCACGUAUAUCCUGGUGGCAGGUUUGGCCCUCGGGACUCAGAACCGGUUUUCUCCGGAGAUCCUGGGCAUGCAGGCGAGUUCGGCGCUGGUCUGGCUGAUUAUUGAGGUUCUGGCUGUUCUGCUGAGUCUUUACCUGGUUACAGUAAACACAGACCUCACCACCAUCGACCUGGUGGCCAUUUCUGGAUACAAAUAUGUCGGGAUGAUCGUGGGAGUGCUGGUCGGGCUGCUGUUCGGGAGGACGGGGUAUUAUCUGUCGCUGCUCUGGUGCUGUGCCUCCAUCUUCGUCUUCAUGAUCCGAACUCUGAGGUUGAAGAUUCUGUCGGAGGCGGCCGCUGAGGGGGUUCUGGUUCGAGGGGCGAAGAAUCAGCUGCGCAUGUACCUGACCAUGGCCAUCGCCGCCGCCCAGCCCAUAUUCAUGUACUGGUUAACCUUCCACCUCAUCAGAUAAGAACCGGACCGGACCACCGGACCGGAUCUGGAGCCGGAGCCAAAACUAUAGAGGCGACUCUCCAUCUUCUACUGGAAAGAUAAAGAGAGAGACGAGGCCGUUUGCACAAAAACACAAUAAAACAAAAACUAAACGAAACAAAAAGGACGAACGUAGCAGCGUCUCGCAGCACAACAGUCCCGCCGUCGUCCCGCCUGCGUCCUGCUGUCUUUUCUAUGGCCAGCCUUGUUUAUUUUUCUGUACAUUUCUAGGAACGAUUUUGAGCUUUUUGUGUUUUUUGUAUGAUGUACAGUGCAGUCAUUUAUUUCUAUUUUAAAUACAUGUGAAUGUAUGCAUAUAUAUAUAUAUACACACAGUACAGGCCAAAAGUCUGGACACACCUUCUCUUAUUCAGUGCGUUUUCUUUAUUUUCAUGAUUAUUUACAUUGUAGAUUCUCACUGAGGCAUCAAAACUAUGAAUGAACACAUGUGGAGUUUUAUGUACUCAACAAAAAAAGGUAAAAUAACAACAAAAAACAUGUUUUAUAUUCUAGUUUCUUCAUAAUAGCCCCUAUUUGCUCUGAUUACUGCUUUGCACACUCUUGGCAUCAUUCUCUCAAUCAGCUUCAAGAGGUGGCCACCUGAAAUAAAAGUUUUCCAACAGUCUUGAAGGAAGGAAGGAGUUCCCAGAGGUGUUUAUUAGCACUUGUUGCUCCUUUGCCUUCUUCACUCUGUGCUCCAGCUCACCCCAAACCAUCUGGAUUGGGUUCAGGUCCGGUGACUGUGGAGGUUCAGCUCAUUUUUUAUUAAGUACAUAAAACUCCACAUGUGUUCAUUCAUAGUUUUGAUGCUUCAGUGAGAAUCUACAAUGUAAAUAUCAGUCAAGAAAAUAAAGAAAACGCAUUAAAAAAAGAAAAGGUGUGUCCAAACUUUUGGCCUGUACUGUAUUUAUGUGCAUAUUGAAUUUCUCAGAAGCUUUAUUAUUUGAGCCAGUCUGCACAGUUUAACACAGUGUCCAGUUUAUUGGAAACAGAAUGCCAGCCAUAUCUUUUUGUUUUGGGCUCUGGAUCAUGUGUGUGUGUGUACGUGUAUGUGUAUGUAUGUGUGUGUAUACAUGUGUCUGCCACUGAUUUUAAAUAAGUAAAAUGCUUCUGUUUUUGUAACCACUAUGUCAAAUGCUUUAUAGAUCAAAGAAAAUGAGUUUUUGCAAUGAAUUAAAAUGUGAAAACAGUA